CCUCUUCUACCCUGCUCUGCACCUGUGCCAGACUGCCGGCUGGCUGAGGGUGGGGGUCUCCACGGUGGUCCCAGCUCCCAAGGAGGUUGCAGAGGUGCUGCACUGAGUGGAUUUGCAGGGCAGUGGCAUGGAGCCUCUCUUCCCCGCCCCAUUCUGGGAGGUUAUCUACGGCAGCCACCUUCAGGGCAACCUGUCCCUCCUCAGUCCCAACCACAGUCUGCUGCCUCCGCAUCUGCUGCUCAAUGCCAGUCACAGCGCCUUCCUGCCCCUCGGGCUCAAGGUCACCAUCGUGGGGCUCUACCUGGCCGUGUGUGUCGGGGGGCUCCUGGGGAACUGCCUCGUCAUGUACGUCAUCCUCAGGCACACCAAAAUGAAGACAGCCACCAAUAUUUACAUCUUUAACCUGGCCCUGGCAGACACUCUGGUCCUGCUGACACUGCCCUUCCAGGGCACAGACAUCCUCCUGGGCUUCUGGCCGUUUGGGAAUGCCCUGUGCAAGACAGUCAUUGCCAUUGACUACUACAACAUGUUCACCAGCACCUUCACCCUGACUGCCAUGAGUGUGGAUCGCUACGUAGCCAUCUGCCACCCCAUCCGCGCCCUCGACGUCCGCACAUCCAGCAAAGCCCAGGCUGUCAAUGUGGCCAUCUGGGCCCUGGCCUCUGUUGUUGGCGUUCCUGUUGCCAUCAUGGGCUCGGCACAGGUCGAGGAUGAAGAGAUCGAGUGCCUGGUGGAGAUCCCUGCCCCACAGGACUACUGGGGCCCUGUGUUUGCCGUCUGCAUCUUCCUCUUCUCCUUCAUCGUCCCCGUGCUCAUCAUCUCCGUCUGCUACAGCCUCAUGAUCCGGAGGCUCCGCGGAGUCCGCCUGCUCUCAGGCUCCCGGGAGAAGGACCGGAACCUGCGACGCAUCACUCGGCUGGUGCUGGUGGUGGUGGCUGUGUUCGUGGGCUGCUGGACGCCUGUCCAGGUCUUUGUGCUGGUCCAAGGGCUGGGAGUGCAGCCAGGCAGCGAGACUGCCGUGGCCAUUCUGCGCUUCUGCACGGCCCUGGGCUACGUCAACAGCUGCCUCAACCCCAUCCUCUAUGCCUUCCUGGAUGAGAACUUCAAGGCCUGCUUCCGCAAGUUCUGCUGUGCCUCUGCCCUGCGCCGGGAGGUGCAGGUGUCUGACCGUGUGCGCAGCAUUGCCAAAGAUGUGGCCCUGGCCUGCAAGACCUCUGAGACGGUACCGCGGCCCGCGUGACUAGGCGUGGACCUGCCUAUGGUGCCCGUCAGCCCACAGAGCCCAUCUACACCCAACACGGAGCUCACACAAGUCACUGCUCUCUAGGCUGACACACCCUGAGCCCUGAGCAUCCAGAGCCUUGGAUGGGCUUUUCCCUGUGGGCCAGGGACACUUGGUCCCAGAGGAGGACCUAGUGAUAUCAUGGGACAGGUCAGAGCAUUAGGGCUACCUCCAUGGCCCCAGACAGACUAAAGCUGCCCGUCUGGUGCAGGGCUGAGGUGACACAAAGACCUACCUGGAAGCAGCUGCCGUGCUGCUGGACGGCCACGACUGGAGCCCGUGCCCCUCCCUGCCCGUGCUUCACGUGACUCUUGGCCUCUCUGCUGCUGUGUUGGCAGAACCCUGGGUGGGCGCACCCGGAGGAGGAGCAGCGGCUAUGUUGUCCUGUGCACCCUACGUGCUGUGUGCUGUUUGCAUGGCAGGGCUCCAGCUGCCUUCAGCCCUGGGAUGUCUCCUCAGGGCAGCUGGACAGGCUUGGCGCUGCCCGGGAAGUCCAACAGGCAGCAUUUCUUUGGGGUGGGACUUGCCCUGAGCUUGGAGCCGCCACCAGGAGGACUUGCCCGUUCUGACUCCACCUGUGCAGCCAGGGCCACCCCAGGAGAGUGUCCAGAUGGGCUGGCUGUCCCUGGCUGCAGACCCCGAGCUGGUCCUGGGCCAGCCGCACCUCUGAAGGUUUCCUGUGUGCUGCACUGUGCAGGCGUCAUCCCUGACUGAGCUUGGCUCUGGGUCCAACCCCCCUUUCCCUUCAGGAAACCCACGGGAGGCCCUGGCCCAUUCCCUCCAGCAGUGCAAUGAACUGUCAUGCUGUGGACCGUCAACCGAGCUCUGCUUCUCGGUGUGUGGCAGGUGUCUCAAGAGGAAGACGCCGCGUGACCACAUGGGCAGCCUGUUGUUCACAAAGUAGAGGCCUCGUUUUCCUGGUCUCGACUGCUGUUUGUAGCAGGGUGGGAGAGGAUUCUCUGGGGGUCUCCACAUCCUCCCGGGGGGUCUCCACAUCCUCCCAGGGCUCCCCUCACAGCCUCUCCUUUGCUUGAAGCCGGAGGUCAGUGGCCGUGCAGUGUUUUGGGGGAGCUGUGUUGCGGGGGAAGCUGUGCGGAAGGAGAAGCCGGUGGCCACAGCGGAGUCCUGCUCUGGUGACGCCUGCUUCAUUUACAAGCCCCAAGAUGGCUCUGCGUAGGGCCUGAACUUGCCGCCCAGCGAGAGGAUGGCUUCACAGCAGAGCCAGCAUGGGGGUGGGGCUUUCCAGGGCUUGCUUGAGCCAAACUGCAAGCGCUGUAGCGGCUGUGAGAACACUGUGGGGGUAGGAGGGGGUCUCUGUACCUCAGGGGAUGCCCUGCUGUGGUCAACAAGAGAAUCACCCUUCCUGGUCUACAGAUGGCAGCUGCAGGUUGGUGACUUUGCAAAUGCACUUCCUACAGACGAACUAUUAAAAGACCUGCAACAUUGUAAAAACUCAUUUUUUCCAUCAAGACCUUGGCCAGGUAACCUUAGGCUCCUGCCAAGAACAGGAAGUGAUGGCCGUCUCACCACAGAGCCUGGGCUGCUCCUCCAGCUCUGGGGAGUCUAGGCCGUGGGGACUGUCCCUGGGGAGGCCCGUGCUGUCUCCGUGACAUCUGUGGCAGGAGUCUCUGAGAACAGGAGCUGCCUAGCUACAGUGUUUUCUUGCCAAGGCUAAGUGUUUUGUGACUCUGUGCUGACGUAAUGUGCAUCUUCACGUAUUUAUGCAUGUGGCAAUCGUUACUUCCUGUGCACGCAGCCAGCCCUGGGUCUGUCUCUGGGGUAAUGAAAAAGGACCCUAAUAAACACCUGCUCACUGGCUGGGUA